CUGUUUGAAGGUGUACACAUCAAAUGUCGCGCACCGGCACCACCAAGGCAAGCUAGCGACCAACGUAGGCUUCUCUUGGAACCAACACAUAGCCUGCCCUCGGUGAGCUCAGGUGCAUGCACUCGUUCGACGGCUGAGUACGAGUUACCCAAAAUGGGCCCACGAGCCACAAGGGCAAUGUAACGCCCAUGCCUCACGCGUCCACCUCUUGGGCUCCUUCGAAGGCUGCUGAGGAAGCCCAACGAUGCACCGCUAUUCGCUCUCAACAGGCUGUAUAUAGCAACAGAUGCGCCAGCCGGAUUGGAUCCUUUCACACGUGCUGAUAGAUCGAUAGACUAUAGCAAGGGCAUGAUGCUGCACCACAUGUGUCGCCCACACUCCCACCCCACCCUCUUGCACAGGCCCAUGUACAGCAGCAGAACUCAUAUGGUACACUCUUCCAUGUCGCUUGCCGUCGGCGGGCAACUGACGAACGUUGUUCGCGAACGGGAUAAAUAACCCUCGGACGCCUUUCCAGGGGAGCCGGAGCCCUUAGUUUUUCUGUGCCCACGUCAGACCUCUUCGGACAUGGCUGUCUCCACUAGCCUCCUCGCGCUCGUUGCGCUGCUGCCCACCGCACUUGCAGCACCCUCGCUCGAGGCCCGCCAAAGUAUCACACCGCUCUCGACGGCCACGAUCGAGAGCUUCAAGCCGUUCACGUUCUACGCGAGUACCGCGUACUGUCAACCCUCCGAGACCCUGACGUGGACCUGCGGUGCAAACUGCGAGGCUAACCCCUCAUUCAAGCCUGUCGCGUCUGGCGGCGACGGUAGCGACGUCCAGUUCUGGUAUGUUGGUUUCGAUCCCACCCUGAACACUGCCAUCGUUUCGCACCAAGGUACCAACACCAGUUCGAUCCUUGCUCUCCUCACAGAUGGGGACAUCGAGAUGGCCAACCUCGACUCGACUCUGUUCCCAGGCUUAAGUUCUUCCAUUGAGGCGCACCAGGGCUUCGCCGAUGAGCAAGCCAAGACUGCUACUCAGAUCCUGUCCGCCGUACAGACCACCAUCUCCAGGUUCGGUGCAACCAAGGUUACGAUAGCUGGCCAUUCGCUCGGCGCCGCAAUUUCACUGCUGGACUCGGUCUAUCUCCCUCUGCACCUCUCAGGCGUCUCGUUCCAGACUAUUCUUUACGGCCUUCCGCGCGUCGGCAACCAGGCGUUUGCCAAUUACGUUGAUGCGCAUGUGACCUCGCUGACGCACAUUAACAACGAGGAGGAUCCGAUCCCUAUCGUCCCCGGCAUGUUCCUCGGCUUUCACCACCCCUCAGGCGAAGUGCACAUCACUGAUCAGGAUGUCUGGGAGGCUUGUCCUGGCCAGGAUAACCCCAGUGACCUUUGCAUUGUCGGAGAUGUCCCAACGAUCUUCGAUGGCGAUGAGUCGGACCAUGACGGUCCCUACGACGGCGUCGAGAUGGGCUGCUGAGCCUAUUUUUUUGUUUUUUUACAUGACUGUACGAUUCAAGAGCCAGGCUCCGUAUACCCGGGGUGUGUAUUUAUUGGGUAUUGUGCAUAUAUAUUUGUAAGCCUCGCGCAUAUGUAUAUGCCAGCAACUACACGC